AUGCACACAUGGCGGCGGACCUUCGCCACGUCUGUCGCCAGACUCGGCUCUAACUCCACGCCGCAUUCUCGAAUUGCCGCUCUGCGAUGUGCGCAGAUCCUCCAAGCUAGCAAAGUGGAUGGAUCAUGCACCUUGGAAGACAAAGAGGUCAAGAUCAAUGGGUUCAUUCGGUCGGUUCGGAAGCAAAAGCGCUUUGCCUUUGCAGAAAUCUCGGAUGGUUCUACUGUCGAGCCAUUGCAGGCCAUCCUGAAGCCUGCGCAGGCAGCUGAUCUGUCCACAGGCACUGCCGUUGAAAUAUCCGGCUUGUGGAAAGCUUGCCCACCUGGAAAGGAACAGACUCACGAGCUUCAGACAACAGAGGUAACCGUGGUUGGCGGGGCGGAUCCAGAGACAUAUCCGAUCCAGAAGAAAUACCAUAGCCCCGACUUCUUGCGACAGAUCCCCCAUCUCCGCAUUCGAACGCCCUUCCAGUCCCUCCUCGCGCGCUUCCGAUCCGAAUGCCUGUUCCAACUGGGCAACGUCUUCCACUCGCGACCUGAAGGUCCUUUCACACAGGUUCAACCUCCGAUCAUCACGUCAUCAGAUUGUGAGGGAGCAGGUGAAACCUUUACAUUGCUUCCGCGGGCUGCCGCUGCGCCGUCGAGUACCGAGGCCGAGCACUUCUUCCGGGCACCCAAGUACCUUACAGUGUCGUCGCAAUUACAUCUCGAGGCAUACGCGGCUGAACUUGGCAAUGUUUGGACAUUGGGACCCGUGUUUCGGGCGGAGAAGAGUGAUACACCUCGUCACCUCAGCGAGUUCUACAUGCUUGAGGCCGAGACCAACUUCAUGCACGAUUUGGACUCACUCACGAACUUGGUAGAAGAUCUACUUCGAGAUCUGACUCGCCGGUUGUAUAAUACCCCUGUCGGCCAAGAAAUCUUGUCGGCCAAGCGGACUGGGGAGUCGGGACAAGAAGGCGGCGCCGAGGAUUCGAAGUUGGAUCUACUGGGGAGGUGGAAGGCGCUGAUGGACGGACCUAGAUGGCACCGCAUCACAUAUACGCAGGCCGUGGAGAUGCUCCAAAAAGUAGUCUUAGAGAACGGCGCCGUGUUCGAGCAUCCCCCUACCUGGGAUGGUGGCUUGCAGACCGAGCAUGAAAAGUACAUUGUCGAGGUUUUGCACGAGGACAAUCCGGUGUUUGUCACGGAUUAUCCCAAGACCAUCAAACCGUUCUACAUGGCUCCUUCGCAGGGCAGCGAGGGUAGCGUGCCAGGUGAGACCGUUGCCUGUUUCGAUCUGCUUCUUCCCGAAGUAAGUGAAGUUGCUGGCGGCUCCUUGCGUGAACACCGUUUGCCCAAUAUCAUCCAGAACAUGCGAGAAUACGGUCUGAUCAAGUCCCGCGUGGCCACUGAUUCCGAUGCACCGGUCUCAAACGAGCCAUGCUAUCCUCAUCUCACCGCAGAGGAGGAUCUUGGACAUCUCCAAUGGUAUGCCGAUCUCCGACGCUGGGGCUCUGCUCCUCAUGGAGGAUUUGGACUUGGGUUUGACCGGUUCCUGGGCUAUUUGUCAGGAGUCUCCAGCGUCCGGGAUGUCGUAUCAUUCCCACGCUACUUUGGUCGGGCUGAUUGCUGA